AUUCUAUUGAGUCUGAAGAUGAGGAAAGCAAUUCAGAAUCAGAAUCAGAAAGUGAUAGUGAUAAUGAUAAGGAUAUUUUAGAUGAGAUCCCUAUAAUGAUAGGAGACUCAUUAGUUGAAACUGAAUUGAAUGUUAGUACCUUAAUUACUCGAGGAGAAUCAAGAUAUGUUUGCAACUGA